GGGGAGAGAGUCUAGUCUUUGGUGAGACUGAGGGGGAGUUAUCGGGAGAAAGGGAUCUGGGGAGCUCUUCAGAGAACGGAAUCUACAUGCAUGGUGACCUCCGCCUCUGGGUGAUCCUCAGUCACCAUGAAAGACUAGGGAACUCAGCUCUCCGUGGGAAAUGGCUUGUUUGGUAAUAUCCCCUGUUCCCCUGCUACCCGGUGCAUGACUCCAGCUGCCUCUGAAGGGCCCGUCAGCUGUUUUAUGGGAACUACCACUGUGUUUGCACCCUUGAGGAUUUAAGCUUUUUCCAGGAACACUUUUUUUUUUACCCCCACUGUUGAGCCAAAGCAGAGUGGGGUGGCAGGAGAGACGAUGGCGAACAACUCGUACAGCGGGGUGAAGAACUCCAUGGUGGAGGCAAACCACGAUGGGGAGUUUGGCUGCACGCUCAAAGAACUGCGCUCCCUUAUGGAACUGAGAGGCGCAGAGGCACUAAGCAAAAUCGGGGAAACUUAUGGGGAUAUUCAAGGACUCUGCAACCGGUUAAAAACAUCACCUAUAGAUGGUCUAAGUGGACAGCCGGUAGACAUCGAGAAGCGGAAAACAGUGUUUGGGCAGAACUUUAUACCGCCCAAAAAACCCAAAACUUUCUUACAGUUAGUGUGGGAGGCGCUACAGGAUGUCACACUGAUUAUCCUAGAAGUGGCAGCCAUAGUUUCACUAGGCCUUUCUUUUUAUAGACCUCCAGAUGCCGAAAGAGAACACUGUGGAAGGGCAGCUGGCGGUGUGGAGGAUGAAAAUGAGUCAGAAGCAGGCUGGAUCGAGGGCGCUGCUAUUCUUCUAUCAGUUAUCUGUGUGGUGCUGGUGACGGCGUUUAAUGACUGGAGUAAAGAGAAGCAGUUUAGGGGCCUCCAGAGCCGCAUCGAGCAGGAGCAGAAAUUUACCGUUGUCCGGGGAGGACAAGUCAUCCAAAUUCCUGUGGCUGAGAUCGUGGUGGGCGACAUUGCACAAGUAAAAUAUGGUGACCUUCUGCCUGCAGACGGAGUCCUCAUCCAAGGCAACGAUCUUAAGAUCGAUGAGAGCUCACUCACAGGAGAGUCGGACCAUGUCAAGAAAACACAAGAAAAAGAUCCUAUGCUAUUAUCAGGCACCCAUGUAAUGGAAGGCUCAGGGAAAAUGGUGGUCACUGCUGUGGGUGUCAACUCUCAAACUGGAAUUAUCUUCACUUUACUUGGGAGCGCCGAGGAGGAUGACGACGACGAGGAGGAAAAGAAAAAGGAGAAGGAGGAGAAGAAAAAACAGAGAAAAAACAAGAAGCAGGACGGAUCUGUUGAAAAUCGUAAGAAAGCUAAAGCACAGGACGGCGCCGCGAUGGAAAUGCAGCCUCUAAACAGCGACGAGGGAGCCGAUGCGGAGGAGAAGAAGAAAGCCAACCUGCCAAAGAAGGAGAAGUCUGUUCUGCAGGGCAAACUGACCAAACUAGCUGUCCAAAUUGGCAAAGCAGGUCUGGUUAUGUCAGCCAUCACUGUUAUCAUCCUGGUGGUGCUGUUUGUAGUCGACACAUUCUGGAUCCAGAACCUGCCCUGGGUCAAGGACUGCACGCCCAUUUAUAUCCAGUUUUUUGUGAAAUUCUUCAUCAUUGGUGUCACCGUUUUGGUCGUGGCUGUUCCUGAAGGCCUUCCUCUUGCAGUAACCAUCUCCUUGGCUUAUUCAGUAAAGAAAAUGAUGAAAGAUAACAACCUUGUGCGACACUUGGAUGCCUGUGAGACCAUGGGCAACGCUACAGCCAUCUGCUCAGACAAAACCGGCACACUCACCAUGAACCGCAUGACCGUUGUGCAGGCCUACCUCGCUGAAAAGCACUACAAGAAAGUCCCUGAACCAGAGAACAUCCCCCCCUCCAUCUUAGACAUUUUGAUUCUGGGCAUUGCCGUCAACUGCGCCUACACUACAAAAAUCAUGCCUCCAGAGAAAGAAGGCGGCCUUCCUCGACAGGUGGGCAACAAAACCGAAUGUGCCUUGCUUGGCUUUUCCAACGACCUGAAGCGGGACUACCAGGCUAUUCGUAAUGAAAUCCCUGAAGAAAAACUAUACAAAGUCUACACCUUUAACUCAGUCAGAAAAUCUAUGAGCUCUGUGUUGAAGAUGGCAGAUGGCAGCUACCGCAUGUUCAGCAAAGGGGCCUCAGAAAUCCUCCUUAAAAAGUGCUAUAAAAUCCUGACAGCAAACGGUGAGUCCAAGGUAUUCCGCCCGCGGGACAGAGACGACAUGGUAAAGAAAGUGAUCGAGCCCAUGGCCUCAGAGGGCCUGAGGACCAUCUGCCUUGCAUACAGGGACUUCCCUGCCUCUGAGGGGGAACCUGACUGGGACAAUGAAAACGACAUCCUCACUGGACUGACCUGUAUCUGCGUGGUGGGCAUCGAAGACCCCGUAAGACCUGAGGUACCCGAUGCCAUCAGGAAGUGCCAGCGCGCUGGCAUCACGGUACGGAUGGUGACCGGUGACAACAUAAACACGGCUCGAGCCAUCGCCACCAAGUGUGGUAUCCUGCAGCCUGGAGAUGACUUCCUCUGCCUGGAAGGAAAAGAGUUCAAUCGCAGGAUACGCAAUGAAAAAGGAGAGAUUGAACAAGAGAGAAUCGACAAGAUUUGGCCCAAACUACGAGUGCUGGCUCGCUCCUCCCCCACAGACAAACACACACUAGUUAAAGGUAUUAUUGACAGCACAGUAAUAGAGCAAAGACAAGUGGUAGCAGUAACAGGAGACGGUACCAAUGACGGUCCUGCCUUGAAGAAAGCUGAUGUUGGCUUUGCCAUGGGUAUAGCCGGCACAGAUGUAGCCAAGGAAGCAUCUGACAUCAUCCUAACCGACGACAACUUCUCUAGCAUCGUCAAAGCUGUCAUGUGGGGCCGAAACGUCUACGACAGCAUCUCAAAGUUCCUCCAGUUUCAGCUCACAGUCAACGUGGUGGCCGUCAUCGUAGCGUUUACAGGAGCCUGCAUUACCCAGGACUCCCCGCUGAAAGCCGUACAGAUGUUAUGGGUUAACCUCAUCAUGGACACCUUUGCUUCGCUCGCUCUGGCCACAGAGCCCCCCACAGAAGCCCUGCUGCUAAGGAAGCCAUAUGGCCGCAACAAGCCACUCAUCUCCCGCACCAUGAUGAAGAACAUCCUGGGUCAGGGAGUUUACCAGCUGGUCAUCAUCUUCACUCUGCUCUUUGCGGGGGAGAAAAUGUUUGACAUUGACAGUGGCAGGAAUGCACCCCUUCACGCACCGCCGUCCGAACACUACACCAUCGUCUUUAACACUUUUGUGCUGAUGCAGCUUUUCAACGAAAUCAAUGCCCGCAAGAUUCAUGGCGAGAGGAACGUCUUUGAAGGCAUCUUCAACAACAUUAUUUUCUGUAGUAUUGUCUUUGGUACCUUCAUUAUUCAGAUCGUUAUCGUGCAGUUUGGAGGGAAGCCAUUCAGCUGCGUGGCUCUGACCAUCGACCAAUGGCUGUGGUGCACUUUCUUAGGCUUUGGCUCUUUACUAUGGGGACAGGUAAUCUCCUCGAUACCCACCAGCCGCUUAAAAUUCUUAAAAACUGCAGGACAUGGCACGCAAAAGGAGGAGAUUCCAGACGAGGAGCUGGAGGAGCUGGAGGACAUGGACGAGAUCGACCACGCUGAGCGGGAGCUUCGCCGCGGCCAGAUCCUCUGGUUCAGGGGCCUGAAUCGAAUCCAAACUCAGAUGGAUGUAGUGAGUGCGUUCCAGAGUGGAACUUCCUUUCAGGGGGCUCUAAGGCGGCAGGCCUCCAACUCCAGCCAACAACAGCACGAUAUCCGGGUGGUGAAUGCAUUCCGCAGCUCCAUCUCCCUCUAUGAGGGGCUGGAGAAGCCUGAGUCGCGAACAUCCAUCCACAACUUCAUGACCCACCCUGAGUUCCGGAUAGAGGACUCUGAGCCCCACAUCCCCCUCAUAGACGACACAGACGCAGAGGACGACGCCCCAACCAAGCGCAACUCCGCCAGCCCCCGCAACGCCACACCCACGCCGCCUUCACCAACACCCACGCCCACCACCACCACCACCAACGCCCCCACCACCACCACGCCGGUCUCACCCUCCCCGAACCAGAACAAUAACGCUGUGGAGAGCAGCAACCACCUCCUUCCGGGAGGUCCCCCCAAAUCAGGAACCCCCUCGGCCCCAGGGAGCCCGCUACACAGCCUGGAGACGUCCCUUUGAUCUGAGACCUCCACACGACGACGUCACCACCACCUUUUUGCCCGCCACCAAGGAGCUCGACUCGGACGCAGCGAACACUCGGAGAGAAGAGAGGGAGGGGCCUGGAAGAGAGUGGGGUCCUGCGUGAGCUCAGCUCGGGGCCGGACUACGAGAACAGCAAACAUUCAGAGGAAUGUACGGCUUGGUGUGGAUGCUUUGGUCUUCUUUUCUUUUGGUUCUUCUUAAAAACCCCGCUGCGACACGAGGACUCUGUCUCCACCCCUCCCUCCUUUUUGUUUUUCUCGGUAAACAAGGGGUGAUCAUAAACUCAGAUUGAAAGUGACCUGUUUUUAUUAUUCUAUUGUUAUUAUUAUUAUUAUUUGAAUUGAGAAGGGGAGGAGCUCCUCCUGGCUUGAAGAUCAUCUGAAAGAAAUCUGAAAGAACCUUUUAGCUUCUCUUUUAUCUGAAUGGUGUUGUAUAUUUAUCUCUUUGGCCCUUUGCUCAUUCAAAACUUAUUUCUGCUCCAUUGGCUGUUAAUAUUUUGAGUUAUUUAUGUUUUUGGAAAAAAGCAGGUCUGUUUACAAAGUUUGUAGAUACUUUUUUUCUGUUUGUAGGCAAAGAGCUUCCUGAUGUAUGAUGCAGAAAACUGGGACAGAAUAAAAAAAUGAAUGAGAGGAUUAUUUCAGAUACUGCUGUAUUUUCAGGAAAAAAGGGUGUUUCUAUUGAAACUUAACUAUUUUUGCCUGCAAGUUUUAUUUGUUAUAUAUUUGUAGAUAAAUGUAGAACCUUCUAGCCAAACCGAUAAACACUAAGGCUUGUAUAGAGAAGAGGACCAGGGUCCGGGGCGCGGCAUUUUCACAGGAACACAGGGACGGGAAAGACGAUUUGGGGCCUCUGUCCAUUAACAUUGCUAUAAAUAUAUUUACUUCUUCCAUUUCUUCGAUAGUUUUUCAUGUGCACAAAAACCUUCUGGAGUUCUGGAUUCUCUUUUCAUUCAUUAUGUUGUGUUCAAAGAUUUCCACAUGUUGAAAGCUUAACUCAUUAAAAGGGAGUUUAAAAUGCACCAGGCUCCAUAUUUAGCACGCAUCUCAGGGUGAGAAGCAGAAUCGAGCCAACAGCUGGAGCCUAAAACAAAGUCGUACCUCAGAGGCAGAUAAGAGGUGUUAAUGAUGUCACUUUUUACAGGAAGUAAAGGCUUUUCUUUGGGAUUUUUGAGGUUUUCCAACAUUUUGGCUAGGGAUGUGCAUUCUAAGUAAAAUUGCUAUUUUACUCACUGGCAAGUUAAUUAAGAACAUUUGAAUUUCAUGCAGAUUGACCAGGAUGAGUUCUUUAGUUUGAUGCUAACACAUAAUGGAAAUUCCCCUUAAUGUGCUAACAGAGUUAGCAUUAUAUCAUGGUCAUUUGAGCUUAAACCAGUUGUUCCCACUUUCUUUCCUUAGGGCCCUACUACUCGUAUCUAAGAAAAAUAAGCCUCCCAAGGACCUAGCUGGAAAAAUUAAACACAUUUUUUGUUGUUUUCAUAGACAAAAUUCCAACAAAGAUCUUUUCAUUGAUCAUUUACAUAAUGUUAGGUAAAAUAGAUGGUUCUUUAAGUCUCUGUAAAGUGAAAUCCAAACUUCUUAGCAAGUGUCUUCACACACCAGAUAUGUUGGAACAAGGUUGCUGUAAGCAUGUGAUAACCCUGAGAUCUAUGUGUGACUGAACUUUUUUAUUUAGACUGCUGAAAGUUGUUCACAUCUUUCCUGGCUUUGUAUUAUUUGGGCAGGGAAAAUAUAGGAGCCCAUGACAUCACCAGUCUUGAUAGGGAAAUACCUUGCACCCCUAACGCUACAUGAUGUAAAACCACAGAGCAGUUCAUCCCAAUACAGUCUGAUAUCAGCUACUGUCACAGACUUUAUUCUAAGUUGUGACUGGGAAUUAUCCCACCCCCUUAAUGCUACAACGAUAUAAAAUCCCAAGCAGUUCUCCUCAGUACAGUCGGUUGUUAGCUGAUGUCAUUGCCUCCAUUAAAAAUUAACAGCCUACUACGCCUACUAGUUAAUGGCCUAUGGGUCAUUAAAAGUAUCUUAACCAAGAGAUUUGUUCCAGAAAACAGUAAAUUUAAUAACCUACCUCUGUCACUGCUCUGGUACAGAGCCAGGCCAUGCCACACUGUUAAGAAGCUUUUUUUGGGGGGGGGGUUUCUUUUUUUCCUCAAGGAUUGUAUU